AUGUCUACAGAAGGCAAAAUCGAGGCCCCUGUGGAACCAACCACUGACGCCCACAGCAAAUCAGCUGGCCUUCAACACUCAAGCAUACAUGGAUCUGAAGUUGAUGCUGCUUGGGCACCGCGCGGCGUCGAACCAGAGCUGGCAGCGGCAAUCGCACAUAUAUCUCCAGAGAGGCGUGCUGCGAUCGAGAAAAAGGUCAAGUCGAAGCUCGACUUUAUCCUGUUCCCUACUUUGCUUGCCUUCUACAUUCUCAAUUACAUUGACCGAAAUGCCCUGGGUUUUGCUAAGAUCGUGGGCAUCCAGAAGGAUCUGAACCUUAGUAGUACUGAAUUCGCAACAUGUCUCUCCAUCCUAUAUGUCGGAUACUGUCUCUUUCAAGUGCCUUCCAACUUGAUGUUGUCCAAGUCGAAGCCAUCCCUCUACUUGCCUUUCUGGAUGGCUGUCUGGGGUGUGGUUUCUGGCUGCACUGCAGCAGUGCAAGGAUACAAAAGCUUGGUUGUUGUUCGUUUCUUUCUUGGUAUCGUGGAGGCGGUGUUCUUCCCCGGCGCCGUGUUCUUGAUCUCAAGCUGGUACACUCGUAAAGAGAUGGCAAUGAGAUGUGCAAUACUCUUUGGCGGAAACAUGCUUAGCAACGCUUUUGGAAGUCUUAUCGCUUUGGGAGUGACUCAAGACCUGGAUGGUGUCCAUGGACUCGAAUCGUGGCGCUGGCUCUUCAUUAUCGAAGCAUGUAUGACGGUGGGCUUUGCCGCUUGCGGAGUCUUUCUGCUCCCCAACUAUCCUCAUAACACCAGAUGGCUGAAAGGCGAGGAGCGAGCCAUCGCGAUAUGGCGCUUGAUCGACGAUGUCGGGGAAGCUGACGAUGCGCAAUCUAACAACGUUGAUGUAUGGCAGGGUUUCUUGAUGGCUGUCAAAGACUACAAGACCUGGUUCCUGGUCUGGAACCACAUUUUCUUGACCGUCGGUGCUGGCAUCGUUGUCUUCUAUCCCACCGUGGUUGGCACACUAGGAUUCUCGCGAAAGGUGACAUACGCCUUGAUUGUCCCGCCCUAUCUGCUGGCCUUCUGCACCAGCGUCUACGGCUGCCAUCACGCGGAUAUCAAGAAGGAACGCACAUGGCAUAUGAUCGGCUCACUUUGCGUGACUCUCGUAGGGCUGAUUAUCCUGGCAAGCACGCUCAGCACUGGAGCUCGAUACUUCUCGCUCUUCUUGGUGACUUGCUCGGUGUACAUUGCAUUUGAUUGCAAUCUGGCUUGGAUUUCCAAUUGCAUUCCGCGACCGGCACCAAAGCGUGCUGCGGCCAUUGCUCUGGUAAACAUGCUUUCUCAGCUUGGCAACAUCAUCGCUAGCUACAUAUACCCGGACGAUCAAUCUCCUCGCUACUGGAUGGCUUGUACCGUCGAAGGCAUUGCAAUUGUCUGCGCUAUUGCCACGACGCUUGUCUUCAGGACCAUUCUUAAGCGCGAGAACAGGAAACUGGACGAGAAGGAGCAGGCGCAAGGUCAUGAGGCUGCAAUGACGCAGGGAACACUGGAAAAGUUCAGGUACAUCUAUUGAAGUGCGAAGUUGUGACAGUGUGAAACUGCAGUGUCAUGUACACCUGGUGUUCAAGAUUGGCAGCCGAUAUCAGAGGUGGCCUACAUGUUCAAAAUCAUGUUGUCGUAAAAGCAGAGACGGAAGGACCUGCCAUGUCGUGGGUGGUUGAUUUUUGAUGGAAC